AUGUCUCCGCCUCGACUGCCAUCGGCUGCUCUCCCGCUCAGCCCUCCUGUUCAUCGUGGCCCAAUCUCUGAUACCAUCCCGGAGCCGACCACCCGCCCUUUCAGCCCCCUGGGUGUAUAUAACAUCCGUCGGUAUCUCUUGCAGCACCCAGUCUCGGCGGCACUCUGGAGAAUCAUGAGGCCAUCGUUCUUGGCCAGUGAUAUUGCCUUUGCGGCAGCUGGUGCAAGUUCGGAUGGUCGGCAUGCCGUUGCUCCAAAUCGGUUCCAUUCCCAGUUCAAUGAUCUGUACGCAGACCUUCCGACUGGACCUGUAGGCGCACAAGCACGGCUGGAGUGGGCAGCGCAGGUGAAAACGGUGCUCUUUGAUAUUGCAACGAUGCUGGACCGGAGCACCGCUGGAACAACCUUCAUCUUCCAUUGCACCGGGAGGGUUCCACCAAGUGAGUCCUCAGCGGUCGAGAACAUGAAGGCCGACGUGUACAUACCCCCGGGCUUCUUUACCGACCACCCUGAUGCCGACCCCGCCAUUGCGUACCUUGUUCAAACCUGCUUUGAACAGAUUGGCUUGCGUGCAUGCCAGUCAUGGUGGCGGCGUGCCAAUGCUCGGUGGGGCAUGUUCCCUACAAUCUACGAUGUCCGCCACCCCCGCACUCCUACUCGUCUCAUCCCGUAUCCCGAGACUGCCGGUUCUGCUCAUUUCAAGUUCCAAGGACGUCCAGUUCACAGUCUCUCCCCUCCGACAAAUCUUCCCGUAGUCGAUAUCAAUAACGAGCCUCGUGGGAGGUCCUCGGCCUUUGACACCCCGGUUUUCGAUCUCGAUGAAUACACCUACCCAGCGGCCAUUGAAGACUUGACGUCUCGGAAUGAGGACCUGGAAGACCAGCUCUUGCGGAUGACAGCGGAACGGGACUCGUUGCAAACGCGUGUCAAUGCGUUGUCGGAGGAGGUGGACCAGUUGCGUGCUGGGCAAGCUCAAGUUCAGCCACAAACUUCGCGGCCUCCAUCCACUCCGUCGCGUUCGAGUCGUCCUCCUACCUACACCGAGUCUUCCCGUUAUCGCGCAAUCCCUUUGCCGGCCCCUAUGUCGCCAAGUACUCCAUCAGCCGCUAAUGCCCCUCAAUCUCGUGUUCCCAAUCUGAUGCAGAUUCUUACGCAGCACGGUCACGCAGACAAGUUCGAGAUGAUUUCAAUGGUAAUUCGUCUUGCAAAGGAGUACCGCUGGCAUGCUGAGAUGGUCAGGGCUGGUAUUCCACAGGCUGUUGUCGACAAUAUAACAUUCUGGCAUGCAAUUGUUGAGAUGUUCCGAAAUCCUACGCGUGAUAAGCCCUGUUUCAAGAUUACACGUGAUCGCGUAUAUUCACGAAAAGGAGAAAAAAUAUUCGCUGGUGGACUGGUAUUCUCCCUGGACCCUAUGCCUCCACUUGGACUUACUAUUGCCGCUGCCAGCCAGCCCCGACAACGAGCACCUGCUCCUCCUCGUGCGCCUCUGACUUCCACUCAGAAAGCCGAACGUAAGCAGGAGCGUGACCGGAAAAAGAAUGCCGAGGAUGCUGACGUUCAGGCCUGGUGGACCUACACGUUCAAUUACGCGAAGACUUUAGCUGAGCGCCAUGAAAAGACCGAAAACUACUAUUUGAGCAUUUUCUUUCAAGGCGGCGCGAACAUGAUCAAGCAUCAAGAGAAGAUCAAUCCGUUCAACGCGUUCAAGGCAAUCAAGGCUGAGGAGCUCCGUGAAGCUGGCGGGCCCACACAGAAUGCGCCAGCUUUGAGUGAAAGCUUCGCCGAGGAGUAUAAUGCGUUGUCUUCCGAAGAGAAGCAGAAGUUCGUGGAUGACUUCAAGGAAAUCAAGGUCUCAAAUGCAUCUCUCAAGCGCACAACCCCACGAGGACGGGCUCAAGAUGUGGCGAACAUCAUCCGGAACAUGAAGCUUCUCACCCUACAGAUUGCUGGUCUUUGCGCACGAGUUGGUAUCGAAUGCAUGUGGCUGAUUGUUCGCAACAACACCGACUUCUACAUGGAUCCCCAGUGGUUUUUUACCAGCCCUCAUCUCGAACGCUACAUGCCUCUGGCAGUUGGUCGGCAAUGGGAACUAUCGAAAGUUGGAGCCAAGGUAGAGGCGUUUGCUGUCGCGGGAUGCGACGAGCUUGGUGCGUCCCAAUACUCUUUUCAUCACACUGUAUUUCUCAUUUCACCAGCGCUGUUUCGUACUUCUAAGCAGAGAUGCGACCACCUCAAGACACAGAUACGGACCCUGGUCAAUGAAGGACUUCGUAAGCACCAUACUAUCCUCAGGAUGAGACGCGCAUCUUAUCAUUCAUCAGGGAAAGUCACCGCCAAUCCAAAUACCACCAUGCAGUAUGUCCACUACCGGGAAGACAUCGUUGUUGGCCUUGGGGUGGAGCUGCGUGGUUGGACGGCUGGUGAUAUCGUGAACCCGAGCAACCUCAGCACUUCGGUCAAGGUCCUUGUGGAACUCCGGGACGCACUCGUAAGCGGAGAUGCGCAUUGGGCCAAGCUCACGCGGGAAGAGCGGAAGGAACGCCGUCAAGAGUGGGAUGAUGAUGUUGUGGCGGGCAAGGUCUGCCCAAAGAGUCGAGAAACACGCUCGGACAAGGGAAAGAAAAGGAAGCAAGGAGAAGACGAAGAGCACGACAACCCGGAUCCAUCCUCUGACCCAGCCUCGUCCACUGCCCCGAUCGUCACCGAACCCGACAACCCCACCCCCCCACCAGCGAAGCGAGCGAAAAAGAUGGGUCCCAAGAAGUCGAGUGCGCCGGCGGACAAGGAGAACACGCCCUGUGCUUCGACUCGUGGGAAGAAGGCUGGCAGACCUCGAGACGAUGCAACGACACGCCAGGCACUCACCCGUAUUCACGCGAAGAAGUCCUUCACCAGCCCCGAGAUCAUCGACGACUCCGAGGACGAAGCCAGGCUGCCUUUGGCUGGGCCCACGCAUGGUUCUGCUGAUGGUGCUGCUGCCGUCACCGCCCCCACUCUUGCUGCUUCAACGAUGCCGACUUCUACACUUAUUUAG